AACCCUUAGCAUGAAUUCCUUCUUUGUAUUCUUCAUAUUCACACCAAUAACCUCAUCCCCUUUUCUUCUUUGAUUUGCCCGUGUUUCUCUGCAUUCAAAAACCCUCUGUUCUACCCUUUCCUGCAGAUUCUCCUUCCAUCCUCCCGACGCCGUAGCCGCUCGAGUAAAGCUCAACCAGUUCACCGGAGGGAAGACUACGUCGGAGAAGUUGCUGGCGAAAAGAUGGCUACGUCAGAGUGAGAUGAACUAGGAUUGUUUCUCUCUGUUUUGGAUCUUUGUUGUAGCAUUGCUGCUACAAUCCCUCGCUUGUUCCGUCGUCCUCUCUUCUCCUCCAUCUGUAAUUGCAGAUGCUCGGGACUCGAUUCAGUUAAAUUGCUGAUCCUUUCCUUCAAUCUCUUCUCUAUUGAUCUUCCAGCUGCCGUGAACCCCUGCGAGAUCUCACCGACACUUGCUUGAAAGGUGAAAUCAAGAUGUCAAGAUUCAGAGACCGCACUGAGGAUUUCAAGGACAGUGUACGCCACACUGCCAUAUCUUUAGGUUACAAUGAGUCCAAAUUGGCAGCCAUUAUGGCAUCCUUCAUAAUCCAUAAGCCACGCCAGUUGACUCCAUUCACCAAAGCCGCACUAAAAACGCUAGAAAGCAUUGGAGCUCUGGAGCAAUUCAUGUUGAAACAUCAAAAGGAUUACAUAGAUUUGCACCGGACCACAGAGCAAGAGAGGGACAGCAUUGAGCACGAAGUUAUCGCUUUUAUUAAAGCAUGCAAAGAUCGCAUUGAUAUUCUCAAAAAUAGCAUAAAUGAUGAAGAGGCAAGCUCUAAGGGCUGGCUUGGCAUCAAGGCUGAUACCUCAAAUGCUGAUACUAUAGCACACAAACAUGGAGUGGUUCUAAUUUUAAGUGAGAGGCUUCAUUCUGUCACAACAAAGUUUGAUCAGAUGAGAGCCAUCCGCUUCCAAGAUGCUGUCAAUAAAGCCAUACCAAGACGAAAAUUUAAUCGGCUUGUUAAUUCAAAUUCUGCAAAUGCCACUAGAACAAUCAAUUCAGAUUACAAGGAGCCUGAGGAACUCCAAACCGAGUCUCUUAGAGUCCAACAACAGUUGUUGGAUGAUGAAACACGAGCCCUUCAGGUGGAAUUAACUAGUCUUCUUGAUACCGUUCAAGAAACUGAAACCAAGAUGGUGGAGAUGUCUGCAUUGAAUCACCUCAUGUCAACUCAUGUUCUACAGCAAGCUCAACAGAUAGAGUUCCUAUAUGAGCAGGCGAUUGAAGCAACAAAAAAUGUAGAACUUGGCAACAAAGAGCUGUCUCAAGCUAUCCAACGGAAUAGCAGUAGCAGGACGUUUCUCUUGCUCUUUCUUUUUGUACUUACCUUUUCCAUCUUGUUUCUUGACUGGUACAAUUGAAUGGUCCGAGUGAAUCAUAUCAGUGCUUACGAAAUUAAUUGAAAAUCCAGCAAAAAAAAAAAAAAAAGCUACCAAUAGUUCAGUUUAUGAUAAUAGUUCUUCAUCUGAAUUUUUUCCUAUUCUAUGGCUAUGUAGCUGCAAGUUUCACAUCAACCAGGAGAUAAGAUAUUGACAAUAAUUUUUUCUUUGGUAGCAAUGUUUUUCAUCUUGAAAAUUUGUUGCUUCUGAGUAAAAAAUUUAUUUAUUU